AUGCGCCUCCUUCGGACUGACGAACUCGAGCUCGUCGAGUUCCUGGGGCGGAACAUUUCUCCUUACAUUGCUCCUGGCGAGGUCUACUUCUAUGACGCUGGCUGGAGACAGAUCGGCUCCAGGGACACGCUACUCAAGCCCAUCAAGGAGUUCAUCCAAGUCCACGGAGACGCCGAAAACCAGAAGCUCGCCCAGGGCAUGGAAUCGGAUCAGUGGAACGCGGCAGACUUUGGCGACAAGGACACUGAGCUGCUCAACCGACUCCUGGAAUGCAUCGUCGAGAUCACGGGGAUCAGCUCGGAGUGCUUCAGCACCGGAGACCUCUCUCAAUUUCUAGCUGCGCAGAAAAUGUCGUAG